UUUAGUUUGGCAUCCCUGCAAUGUACUGUCAAACACUUCACACAAUCUCAGACUGAUUUGUCAAGUUGGUUAUAUCAUCGUUCGGUGAUAGCAAAAAUCGGUGAUUUUUAGAUCCUGCCGCAUCCUAGAUCAAACUAUCAACGAUGGCUGCUAGACGAUUUUGGUCGUUUAUCCCCACAGUCAAAGCCCAAGAUGAUGAUAUAGUCGAUCCACAAGCUGUACUCCGCGAAAAAUGCGCACAGGGAGGACACGCCACUCAGCUUUACGAAAAGUACCAGGCGUGCAAUGAUCGCGUCAACAGUCGCACUCAAACCACGGAAACCUGUGUAGAAGAACUGUUCGACUAUUUGCACGAGUUGGAUCAUUGUGUCACGAAAACUUUGUUCUCCAAGCUGAAAUAAGGAAUUUAUUGUAUUCGGUACAUAGAGCGUGGAGUAACAGCAGUAGUGUCAUUGCACCGAAAACCUGAUAUGGCGUAAUUGAGCUCAUUUAAGUAUAUUGAUUUAUCGAAUUGGAUAUUGUUAUUCAAAACCAAAUAAUUUCCGAAAUAAAGCGUCUGGAAGCAA